AUGCUUUGUUAUCGGCCCCUCUUCGGUGCUGCCGAUCGCCUGGAUGAGGAAUUCACAGUGAUGCGUCUUUAUAUCUCCAAAAUGAAAACUGAGGCUAAAUCUUUGCAGUCGCGUGUUCGGCAAUUAGAAGAAGAACGGGUCCAACACGUUCAAUUAAUGCGAAAAAGCGAUGAUGAAGCGAAAGACUUACGCGUUCGCGUCAAUGAACUCGAAGUAAAAAUCGCUACACUCAUGGACAAGGUUGAUGACAGCGAUUCGCGUAAGCGCAUUCUCGAAGAAACCGUGGACAACUUGAAUGCCGAAGUAGCUAAACUACGUGCAAAUGAGCAACUCUUGUCUGGCACGGGCGUGACCAACAGCCAAAUUUUGGCCGGCCAAUCUGCAAUCCAAGAGAAGUUGGAUGAAGAAUUUAAACGGCAGAGCGAGCAGUACGCUCAGCAGGUGAAGCAAUUGCGUGAUGACCUUGACGAAAGACAGAAAAAGUUGGACAAUCUACAGGAGUGCGUCAGCCACCUCACCUUCCAACGCGAAAAGUUACAAAAAGAAGUGGAACGUUCUCGUAUUGAAUGCGAAGUUAAAACUGUCCGCCUUGAGCAACUCGAGAAAGCAGCCGAGAAGCGCGAGCAAGCUCGUCAAGACCUACGUGGUCUCGAAGAAACUGUUGGAAAGGAAUUGCAAACUCUGCACAAUCUCCGUCGAAUGUUUGUUGAAGAUCUCACCAAUCGAAUCAAAAAGGUAAAUCCUUUCUAG